UCCAGAGACUUGGCUACCGGCGAGGAGACAGCUGAUCGGAUUGGAACGAAAUAAAAAAUAUAUAUAAAAAAAAAAAAAAGGAAUAUCGUUUCAUUGAACAGGGAACAUGGGUGACAUUGACAAGGGAAAGAAGGCUUUUGUCCAGAAGUGUGCCCAGUGUCAUACUGUUGAAAAUGGAGGAAAGCACAAGGUCGGGCCAAACCUCUGGGGUCUGUUUGGACGCAAGACUGGACAGGCUGAAGGCUUUUCCUACACGGAUGCCAACAAAGCCAAAGGCAUUGUCUGGGACACUGAUACCCUCAUGACGUACUUGGAGAACCCAAAGAAAUACAUUCCAGGAACAAAGAUGAUCUUCGCAGGCAUCAAGAAGAAGGGCGAGCGUGCAGAUCUCAUAGCAUAUUUGAAGUCUGCAACUUCGUAGAUUAACAUCUACGUUUUGUUCAGUGUUUUUUUUGUCUUCUAGAAAUAUCAACUGUUCAGAGGAAAAGGGGAAGCUUAGACUCUUAUUCUUAGCAUUUUAACAGUUAUGUCUGAUAAUAUAAUAUGCCAUUUAGCAGACGCUUUUAUCCAAAGCGACUUACAGUCAUGUGUGCAUACAUUUUUACAUAUG